AUGACGAAUUCUCACAGUCGCGCCGGAGCCACCGCCACGGCGACUCCGGGUCGCAGGGGGGCGCCGCGCAACAACAAGUCGCCCGGACAGACGUACUUCAAUAGCUUCGUGACGCCGCCGAGGGGCUCCCACUGCAGCAAGACCAGCGGCGACUUCCAGCCGAGCAGCGCUCACCGCCUGUCGCCGGGGGCCCUCGAGCGUUUCGCCGCCAGCAAGUGGGGCGAAGCGCCCGCACCGGCGUCGCUGCCCAGGCCGCCCGUGCACUGGAGACUCUACAUGAGCAAUAAAGGUACGACCGACGAUUUUUCCAACAAUCUAAAGUUGCUAUUGAACGUACAAGCCUAA